GUUCACGUUGCUCAUUACAUUUCACAUUUAUUGAAUAACAGAAAGGUCAGUUCAUCCUUUACAGUUUUAAAACGCUGCGUUGCUUAAUGACUGCUUGAUAUCAUGUCGAAAGUGUCUAUGGGUAAAGUACUGCUCCGAAAUGUCAUCAGACACACAGACGCCCAUAACAAGAUUCAAGAGGAGUCUGAGAUGUGGAAACUGAGGGAUCUUGAGCGCCAGACCUCAUCUGCACAUCUCCCAAAGCAGAGGGGCCGCAUGCACUGUGACCGUUACUUGGAUGACUCCGAGGGGUCCCUGCGAGAGCGGCUUGGAGACAGGAGAGACGAGAUGUCCGAGAGAGAUGAGAGAGAGGCUCGGUACUGGUCGCGAAAACUGUAUGAGUUCGAAGCCAAUGACCCUGACAGAUGGGGCCACAGCGGCUUUAAGGAGCUUUAUCCAGAGGAAUUUUAUUCUGAUGGGGAAAAAGACUGCAGUAAUAGUAAACACAAAAGGAAAAAACACAAGGACAAACUAGACGCUGACAUAGAGAAAUCUUCCAAGAAGUCAUCUAAGAAGAAGAAAAAGAAAAAGGAGAAGAAGAGACGAAAGACUACUGCCUCGGGCUCUGAGUCUUGCAGCGAUGUGGAGGACACUGCCAGGAGGAAACAGAGGAGGAAGGGAGGGAAGAGCAAGCGGAGGAAAAAGGAGCACAAAAACAAAGACAGAACCGAGGACAGCGACAUGGAGGAAAGUCAUUCUGACACAAGGACGAGAACGCACAGGAAGAGAGACUGCCCUGAAACAGACGCGCUGACCGAACCCCAAAGGAAGAAGCGCAAAAACUGGAAAGUAGCGAAUGAGGAGAGAUCAGAGGAGAGCUCUGAUGCUUGACUUUUCAGUAUUACCUUCAGUAUGUCCCAGACUAUGCUAACUCCAGAUGUAUUUUUUAACCGUACAUAUCAUUCAUAUUUUGAAGACUCUGAUCAUGGGUCUGGAAUCAAUAACUUGAUCUCUAUACCUCAUCAAACAGACACUUGAUGGCUUUUUUUCACCAUGUUUUCAUCCAGGGGAAUUUGUCGAAUUUUUAUGAGGUUGUAUGUUUUCUAAACAUUUUUAAAUAUCUGUGAAAAUGUUUUUUUAAUCAUUCGUCAGACUGAACCAUUUUUAUUGUCAUAAAAAGCUCAGGUAUUUUUCUACUA